GCGUCGAUGACCAUUUCGGGGAAAUUAUGAUGAAGCGACGGGGGUUGAAACCACCCAGUAUUCCAGAAACCCCGCUAACACCUUCUAGAAAGCGUUUAAAGGGGGUAUGGGAUAACCCCCCCCCCCGCAAAAAACGAAAAUGGCGGUGACCAUUUCGGGAAUAAGGGGUGGGAGUGGAACAACAACCAUCAAAGAUGUAAUACUCGAUACUGGGGGGUCUGGAGGAGUAUGGAAUGUCGAUGACCAUUGUCACAAUAACCCUUUCCCUAUAAACCCCAGAACUGCCUUCUGUUGGUAAACGAGUAUAUGCCAGACAACCCCUAACAUAUUUGUUCAAUCGGCUGAAACGCGAGAACGCACGAGCGCUACGGAAAGUCUCGAUGAUGAAGGGAGACUGCACGCUUUCCGAUCUCGGGAUGGACGACGUCCACUUGGAAAUUCUUCUACGCGAUGUGAACUGCAUUUUUCAUUGCGCCUCGACGAUGAAACUUAACGAGAAACUUUCCACGGCCAGCUUGACCAACAUCGGUGCGACCAAAGAGCUUGUAAAGCUAGCGAAAAGGAUGCGUAAUCUCCAAUCGAUCGUUUACAUCUCAACGGCAUUUUGCACCUGUUCCAACAAAGAAAUCAAAGAAGUCUUUUACGAGCCGGCAAUGACGGGAGACGACUUGCUGACACUCACUGACAUACUGAAAGGGGACGUACUGGAUGCCAUCGCUCCCACAUUAUUGGGGGCGUGGUCAAAUACUCACACAUUUACCAAAGCAAUCGCGGAGGAUGUCAUCCGUAGAGAAGGAAACGAUCUACCCAUCGCGAUAGUACGGCCAUCUGUUGUGAUCGGCACGGUCAAGGAACCAGUUGCCGGUUGGGUGCAAAACCAGAACGGCCUAGGCGGCGUGAUCGUGGGGGUAUCACUGGGCUACAUCCGCACUUUACGGUGCAAAAUGAGCAACGUCGCCGAUAUGGUGCCGGCUGACCACGUUAUCAACUGCAUGCUAGCCGCCGCCUGGGAUAUAUCCAUGCGAAAAGGCUCCAAUAUUAACCUCGAAAUCCCCUUGGAAAAUUGCGACGUUGCCAUUUACAAUUACGUUAGCACCCCCGAAAAACCAAUUCGAUGGAGUACAUGCACCGACCUGGCAAUCCACCACUUUCUCCAAAUCCCACCGUCUCGCCAAGUGUGGCACGUGAUAUUUGCGCCGAGAUCGGGCAGAUUCGCUUACUCGCUCCUCCACCGCCUCCUCCACCUCGCUCCCGCAGCGCUGAUUGACGCUUUCGGCCGUUGCCUCGGUCGGAAUUACGGAGCGUUAAAGAAAUACGGCAGCAUCGGCGACGCGUUGAGUGGAUUCGCGCGCUUCACCGCGAGAGAGUGGCGCUUCAACAAUGACAACACCCGCGCACUGUGGAGGAAGAUGAACGGUGAAGAUAGGAGGCUCUUUGAAUUUAGCAUGGAGAGUCUGGAUUGGGAUCUAUACUUUCAUACCUACGUGAGAGGGCUGCGAGUCUAUCUGCUCGGGGACCACCUCGAGACGAUUCCCAAGGCCAGAGUUAGACGUCAGAAGUUGAAGACAAUGCAUUACUUUCUCUUGACCGUCAUCGGUCUCAUAGCAUUGUUGUUAUUGUAUUAAAUACGCACUCAUUUUUUAAAAUUUGCCGAACUUUAUUACAAUUUUUAUGUUCUCUUAACUGUACAUACUUAAAAUUAUAGAAUUCGACAUUCUCAGCAGAAAGCAGCUGGAAUUCACCUACCAGAUGAUUAAAGAUCAAAUGAUUAGGCUCAUUUCGGGAUUCAAUUCCCGAAUUUUUUAAGCAUAGAGGAAAAUAAACAUUGAAUAUUUA